AUGUGGCCCCGCGCCCGACGCUUCGGAAAUGUCUACGCUUUCGCAACCGUCGAUUGCUUGUAUGCUCUCUUGUGGUUCACCGCAUGGGUAUGCGUCGCCAGCUAUGUUGCGCAGGGUAAAAGUGAGGGCAAAGCGGAUGACGACAAGGACAAAGACAAGAAUAAGGACAGCAAGAAAGGUGGUUGCGAUAAUUUCAAAUACGGCAGUGCCAGUAAAUGCAAAGUUAGCACCGCCACGGUGAUCAUGGGAGUUGUUAUCUUCCUUCUCUUCAUCGUAACUGCCUUCAUGUCCUUCCGCAAUGUUAUGCACUUCCGUCGAACGGGGACUUUGCCCGAUGCGGUCUCCGACCCUACAUUCGCCGCUCAAAGCAAGGCUGCCUUCUCUUCCAACCCAGCGCACGAAUUUGAGGAGGAGGAGGAUGACUUCCGGUCCGGAAGGGCCACCGGCAUGGGUUCCUCGGUCCGUGGCGACCGGGAUGAGGACUAUGCUCUCCUGCAACAGAGCGAAGUAGACGAGCUUGGGAAUCCUAAUGGACGCUCUGCGAUGCACGGUACCUACGAUCCGACCGCAUCCACUGGCGGAGGCGUUCCACAUGAUCCGUACACCAGCUAUGGCGGUGCAUACGGACAGCAUUACGCGCCGCCAUCGGAGUACGGCUCAAACUUUAGCAGCGGCUACGGACGCUAG